AUGCUUACCGCCACCGUGAAGUUGGAAGUUCCCGCAUGGAAGCAACCACCGCCACCCGGAGCCUGGAUUCCAGAACUGCCAGAAGAUACUAAAGGACGGAAUAUGGAUUUCAAAGAAUAUUUAGCAACAUUCCGGAAUAGUGGGAAACAGACAGUUGAUCCAUCCGCUUUUCGAGACGAGAAACUCGGAUAUGUGGUCCUUCAAGAAAUUGAAAAGGUCCCAGAAAUCUGGCAAAACAACAAAAUAAGCAGAAGGAACAAUUCGUGGGCCACAGUUGGAGCUGCCACUUUCAAUAGGACUGGAUCCUUAGUGAACAUGCCAACCAUGGCCAAAAUCUUCCAUCGUGGCCGUACACUUCUUCGGGAUCGGAUUCAAAGAAAAAUUGCUGCAGCCAAGAAAGCCAAGCAAGUUAUUUGGGAUGAGGACUUGGAGAGGUAUCUUUGGACCUUCCCCGAACACUUUGCCCUCCGAUUCUUCCGAGAAAAACUUCAGAAGCAUAUCACGAAUUGUCGUACAAAAGAUUGCUUUGAUGCAAGCGGAGAGCCAAUUGUUUUUACGAUUGAAGAUAGUGAGGAGGAGGUGGAGGAAGAUGAUGCCCAGGAAUUUGAAGAAAAUCAUCAUCCGCACAAUUUUCGUCAAAAUCAAAUCGGAGACUUUGAUGAUAUGGUUAUCGAGGAGAAUUUUGAAUAUGAUGAUCAGCAGCAACAUGUUCAUCAAAAUCAAGACCAGGACUUCGAAGAUGUUAUCGAAGAACGGAUGAUCUACGAGGAUGACUUGUUGGUUGAAAACGAAGUGGAAGUACGAGAAGAGGAAAUAGCUGCAGAUAAUCGAUUCAAUGAGCCGGCCAAAAACGUUGAGAAAUUUUCAUCGCCGACAAAACCAAAAAACUUGGUGAAUUUUUGGGUAUAA